AUGGAGAGUCCUUGCAAAGAAAGCAAUAUUCCCCUUUAUGAAUCUAGUAAGCAAGAGCCUUCAAGUAAAGCAAUUGAGGUUUCUGUGACUAAGAACAUUGCGCAACGAGUUCAAAAAGUUGAGUCGAAAGGGCCUCUAGAGAGAAGAUGCAGCCCUAGGCUUAGAAAUAUACCUAAAGAGAAAAGGCCAUGCUAUGUUGAAGGUCAGAGAAUGGUGUUAGAUGCUGCUAAACUUGAUGUUUGCAAGAAAGAAGUUGAAGUAGAGUCAACAGGGCCUCGAGAGAGAAGGCCAUUUCAUGAUGCUGAUCAGAGGUGGGGGUUAGGUGCUACUAAAGGUGACGUGUGCAAGAAAGAAACUGGAGAUCAUAAUCGGAAGAGACCGUCAGAACUGCCAGGAGAUGAUGCUAGCAAGAGAAGAACCUACAUGGAUCAUUCAAUGCAAGAAUGGCUACCUAAUAUAGAUAGAAAAGGCAGAGAAAAUGGGCAAAGUAGAAGUCGUCUGGCCCUUGGUUCCUUGCCUUUUAAAGUUGAUGAUGCAGAAAUUGAGUUAGAAGACAAUGCUUAUCUGAAAUGGACGGACUAUCAAAGUUUUGUAGCUGAUGCUAUUAAACAGAAGGCCAGUGCAGCAGUGAAAGAGGCAGUGAGGACUUUUAAUUCUCAUUGCCUUAACUUUGCUCAGGUAGAGGAGAAGAGAUAUGAGAAGGUAGAGGUCAGAGAUCCUCAAGUUGCUAAUUGUACAAAUACUGCUACUUUCACCAUUUCAUUCUCUGUCUCUGUCUCUCCCUCUUUGGAGGCAGAUCUUGGUCUUUGUGAUUGUUACGCUAAUCCUAUGAAAACUUUGCAGAAGGGAAAUUCAUCCGCUGAUGCUAAGCGUUCUUCAAAUCAAUCCAUUCUGAAGGAAAUUUCUGAGGCAAGUAUUCUUGUUGGGCAUAAAUUCUUCUCUCGAGAUGAUAUGGUGGCUACAGGUUUUCGUGGACAUUGGUUGAAUGGAAUUGAUUACAUACGCAAACUUUGUGGCAAAUUGAAUAAGGACAAUAAGUAUAGCAGCCCAGUAGCAGUAGCAAUCAUGUUGUCUGGGCAAUAUCAAGACAGUGUUGAUUGUUCGAAUGAAGUUGUGUUUACAGGCCAAGGCAGAAAUGACUUGAAUGGUAGUAAGCGUCAAAUUAAAGAUCAAGUUAUGCAUUGCAGUAAUUUGGAUCUUAAGAAUAACAUGGAGCUUUCUGUACCUGUCAGAGUCAUCCUUGAACAUGAAUAUGCUGAUAGUCAUAGUGGCAAAGUUUACACAUAUUGUGGAUUGUACAAGGUUGUACGUCACUGGUCUGUUAAAAAGGCCUCUGGAUUCUCUGUUUCUAAGUACCGUUUGAAACGGCUUCAAGGGCAGCCCAAAAUUGAGAUAGAUAAGUCUGUUCAAGUGGCAAGAAAUGUGAUCCUUCCCCCUAGUGCCUCUGGUUGUGAUUGCAAAGGAAAAUGUACAAAUCCAAGGUCUUGUUCCUGUGCUCGACUUAAUGGCUUUGACUUUCCAUACGUGCGCAUAGAUGGUGGCAGAUUGAUUGAACCAAAGGAUGUGGUGUUUGAAUGCGGUCCUGGAUGUAGCUGUGGACCUAGUUGUAUUAACCGUGUCUCCCAGCAUGGAUUGAAGUAUCGACUUGAAGUCUAUCGUACAGCGAGCAAAGGAUGGGCUGUUAGGUCCUGGGACUUAAUUCCUUCUGGUGCUCCAGUCUGUGAAUACUUUGGAAUUCUUAGGAGGAAUGAUGAGUUGGAUAACGUCUCUGAGAAUGAAUUUAUAUUUGAUAUUGACUGCUGGCAUACAAUGAAUGGAAUAGGGGGAAGAGAGAGGCGACAAGGUGAUGGGUCUGUAUCUGCUUGUGAUCCUGUGAAGAAAGCGGAUGUCAAGAUGGACGAAAGCGAGUCUGAAUUUUGCUUAGAUGCAGGUUCAUGUGGUAAUGUUACCAGAUUUAUUAAUCAUAGUUGUAUGCCCAACCUAUUUGUCCAGUGCGUUUUGAGCACCCACCAUGAUAUUCGACUUGCUCGAAUUGUGCUAUUUGCGGCAGAUGAUAUACUUCCUAUGCAAGAACUUACAUAUGACUAUGGUUACGUGCUUGAUAGCGUUGUCGGUCCUGAUGGGAAAGUAAAACAGUCACCAUGCUACUGUGGCACAGAUGAGUGCCGGGGGCGCUUUAUACUUAUUAUAUACAAUGAUUUCUUUGGGAUUGAUGUGCUUGGUUGGCUGAGAGAUCUCAAAUUAAUAAUAUUAUCUGGUGGAACUCUCAUUUCUUGUUACCUUUUGGUAAUUAUCAAGGAAUGA